UCAUCGUCUCUGCAACACAACACUAAAAGCUACGGAAUUUUUUAUCAUAGAAAAUUAAACAAAUUUUAAAAAAUGAUCCUUCGCGUUCGUAGCCGCGACGGCCUGGAACGCAUCACCGUCGCCGACCCCUCCGCGGCCACCGUCGCCACCCUCCGCUCCCUCAUCGACGUUCACCUCGGCGUCCCGGCCGCCGCGCAGACCCUCUCACUCGACCCCAACAUCCUCCUUCCCUCUUCCUCCGCCUCCGCCGCCCCUCUCCCCGCCUCCACCCGUUUGUCUUCCCUUCCCCUCUCCCACGGCUCCCUCGUCUACCUCUCCUACCCUCCAUCCCUCCGCCGCCACGCGCUCCCGCCACCGCCCUCCCGCCACCGCACGCCGAUGACAGUCGCCGACCUCCUCUCCCGCCAGGUCUGCGUCGCGCGCCAGGAGGCCCCCCAUUGCGCCGCCUCAUCCUUCGAUCGGGACGCCGCCCGCGCCUUCCAGAUGUACGCGGCCGACGCGCUCGCCUUCUCCGUCAAGCGCGCCGGCUUCCUCUACGGCCGCGUCCACCCUGCCGACCGCGCCGUGUCCGUAGACUUCAUCUACGAACCGCCCCAGCAGGGUUCCGAGGACACCGCGGCCCUCUUCCGCGACGCCGACGAGGAGGCCCUGGUCGAGGCGGUCGCGGCCGGUCUCGACAUGCGCCGCGUCGGAUUCAUCUUCACGCAGGCCGUCGGCCGCAAGGCCAGCACCGCCAGGUACACGAUGUCCGGCCGCGAGGUCCUGCAAGCCGCCGAGAUGCAAUCUGAGGGUGGGAUCCAAGAAUGGGUCACCGCCAUAGUUAAGCUCGAAGGGGGGGACGGCGGGGCGGCGGCCGUGCACUUUGAGGCGUUCCAGAUGAGCGACACCUGCGUGCGCCUCUUCAAGGAGGGCUGGUUCGCGGCGCCCCAAUUGCGCAAGGAGGCCAACCCCGGAGUGUCGAGGAUGAAGAAGGAUGUUCUAGUUGGCCGGAAGGAGACGAAGGAGGUCGACAACGACCUCUUCUUGGUCCCCGUCAAGAUCUCCGACCAUCAGGGGCUAUUAUCUUCAAACUUUCCGAUAGAGAACCGGAUCAAGGCUACAACACUGAAGGAUCUAAAGAGCCACUUGGAUAGAACGAAGUCUCUUCCGUUCAUAAAAAGCAUAUCUGAUUUCCAUCUGCUUCUCUUCCUGGCAAGGUAUUUGGAUGCAAACAUUGAUGUGCCUGUUCUCACUGAGUUCAUAAAGACGCAAGCCUCAGUUCCAGAAGGUUAUCAACUUCUGAUAGAAUACCUGGCUACUGCUGUUGCCUCUUGAGGUAUUUAAUUAUCUUCUCCUACGAAUCGAUCUACAGGCGAAGGGCAGAAUUGUUCUACGCGGGCAGUAUGAUAAAAAUGGAUGGAGCAUAAUAACCUUGAAAAAAAUGUUCUUGUUUUAUAUAUUGUGUCAAUAUUUCUGUCCUUGAAUCUCAGUCUAAUGGAAGUAAUGUCAUAGAAAUGAUUGGAUAUAGGAUGGUAAAUGAAUUGAAAGUUCAUGAAUAAGCAUAGUAUUCGGUUUGGUGAAAAUUUAUU